AUGAGCGGAAGAAGGGUGCUUGAUGCAACAGAAUCUUCAAGAAUUCUAAUCACGGAUUGGGUGUGGGGUUUUAUGAAAUCAGGAAAGAUUGAAGAAAUUUUCCAUGAGUCGAUAAGAAGAGAAGGACCAAAGGGAGUAAUGGAGAGAUUUGUUCGUGUUGGCAUUCUCUGUGCUCAUGUGAUGGUAGCCCUUAGACCUACCAUUGCUGAUGCUCUAAAGAUGCUUGAGGGAGAUAUCGACAUCCCACAAUUACCUGACCGGCCAUUGCCUCUCAGCCACGAGUCGUUUCGAUCUGCAAUACCAUACAAUGUGACUUGGUCUUCAUCACGGUACAGUGUAUUCAACAGUUUGACAUCAGAAGCAAAGUCAAGAAUUAGCAGUAAUGAAAAUCAGAUACAGCAGAAAUUCUAA